AUGUCGGGUGACACCUCCGACGAGCCCACUGGCAUCGGUACCAGCGAUGCGCCAUCUCCACCACGUGCAGGUGAAGAUGAGCGGUGCCGGCUCCAGGAACUUCCUCCAGAAAUCAGAAACGACAUCUUCGCACUUGCUAUCGUCGAGCCUACGCCCAUCAAGCUCACCGUCACUCGAUUCUCCCAACAAACGGCUAUCAAGAUCACUCGACACCAAUACCACAACCAGUUGACGGGUCUGUCAUUGGCGAGCACAUGUCGCCAAUUCCGCCAAGAGGCCAUCCAAGUCUUCUACGCCGAGAACACCUUCAGUCUCGAGCUCGCGCGAUUCGCUAUUCGCACAGAAAAUACCACCUUGAAGUUUCCACUUCACAAGGCGACCAGCAUCGUAUUCAAGGCGUUUGGUGAGAAGGAACGCGACAGCUGGACUGGUGCUUCGGUCUUCAUCGAGCCCAAGCUUCACGUCGAGAAGCUGGCAGACGGGAGCCUCAGCAUCCGAGCUUCUGAUGUGCACAUAUGCGACUCCAUCAUGGCGGAAGACUCCUCCAACGACCACACCAUCACCGCGACCAACACCAACACCGGUGUUAGCGUAUCUCCACCAGUCCAAGACGACCAAUGCCGACUGAAGAGCAUCCCACCAGAAAUCCGCAACUACAUAUUCUUGCUCGCAGCCGUCGAGUCUGAGCCGAUCACCCUCUUGGUUUCAAUUCCUACCAAGCAAUUGCGCAGAAAGAUCGAAAUCGACGAAACCGGCUCAUGUCCUCAACUGACGGGCCUCCUAUUGGCACGCACGUGUCGUCAAUUCCACGAAGAGGUCACGCCGGUAUUCUAUGCUUAG